AUGUCUAAAUACAACGAGCUGGUUAAAUCCUUAUCUGAAAAUGAUAUUUUAUCACAAUUUUCAAAUGAUAUAAUACCAAUCUCCAAUCGUCCAAAUUCUAAAUCCAGUGAAAUUUCAACAGAGGAUGAUGCAGAAUUCUCAGGUCACGAUGAAGAACAGAUCAAACUAAUGAAUGAAAACUGUAUAGUUCUAGAUUAUAACGACAACGUUGUAGGUACUGCCACUAAGAAAACAUGCCAUCUACUGACUAACAUCGAACGCGGGUUGUUACAUAGAGCCUUUUCGUGUUUUAUUUUUGAUUCCAAUGGGAAACUUCUGCUACAAAGAAGAGCUAAAGAAAAGAUUACAUUCCCCCUUUUGUGGACUAACACAUGCUGUUCUCAUCCAUUAUCUAUCGAUGAUGAAAUUGGGGACGUUACUAAUACAGAUCUAAACAAAAAUGUCAAAGGUGUCAUUAAUGCAGCCAUUAGAAAAUUGGAUCACGAAUUAGGUAUUCCAGCAGAUGAUUUGAAGAGGAAGGGUGAAUUCCAUUUCUUGAAUAGAAUUCACUACAUGGCCCCAUGUAAUGAUCCAGAAAAUAGAUGGGGGGAACACGAAAUCGAUUAUAUUUUGAUUUAUAAAGUCGAGAAAGAUAAGUUCUUGACAAUCAAUCCUAAUUACAACGAGGUCGAGAAUUACAUGUGGGUUGACAGGGAACGCUUCCAGGAAAUGUUGAACGAUAAGGAAAAUUGUCAUUUUACACCAUGGUUUAAAAUCAUUUGUGAAAAUUAUUUGUUCACCUGGUGGGAUCAAUUAAAUGAUUUAACUAAAGUAGAAAAUGAUACCAAUAUUUAUAGAAUGUUGUGA